AUGGACGACAUGCCCAUGGUGCGCCUCCUUCUUCAGCACCGCCUCAAUCGUCCCGCCGACAAGGACGCCAUCGACGCGUUCCUCGCCAAGCACAAGCCGUCGAGCGCCGACACCUCGGUCGGCCCCUGGAUCUGGGUGCGCCUCCCGAGGGAAGGCAAGGACAAGAUGGCCGACGAGCUCAGCGAGGAGGACCACCGCUACUUUGCGCUCACGGCGGCGGGGCGACUGAUCAUCAACGGCCUGAUGGAGAGGCUCGACGAGAUCAAGGCGACAGCUCCUGUCCGCGCCAACAAGGCCAGGGGCCUGCGCUCCCAGAAGGACUUGCGCGAGGAGGCCCACGACAAGUUCAAGGACGACACCAAGGAGCUCGCGCAGAAGCACAACGUCCUCGACGGCAAGUGGCUGCUGCGCCCGACCCCCGAGAACGUCGACUUUGUCUGGAGCAAAAUCGUCCAUGCCGUCGCCGACAAGGACGGCCCGCUCGCCAAGACGGGCGCGGUCCACUGCGCCAAGGUCGCGACGACGUCGAUGGGCGAGCGCAGCACGCACGUCAUCUGCAUCUACUGCGACGACAGUUGGGACGAGCAGGCGGCCGGCGACGUCUUCAAGGUCCUUGUCCGCGACCUCGGCCAGGUGUCGGGGUCGUACAAGCCCGACGUCCUCACCGUCCUCGGCAUCGACUCGAAGCACGCGAGCGGCCUGCCCGUGUCGCUGUACAAGUCGACGACGUUCAUGACCCAGAAGGAGAUCGACGCCGCGCUCGAGGCCGUGUCGAAGAGGGGCGACGCCAAGGUCAAGACGGCCAAGGUCAAGACGCUCGAGGACGAGAAGGCGUCGGGCGCUUCCGACGGGUUCGACCCGGUGUCCGAGUCGGAGGACGACAAGCCGCGCAAGAAGGCGAGGCGCGCCUGA